AUCUCUUCGCCCUGCCUAGAGUCAGUCAGUCAGUCAGGGGAAGCCGAGUCUGCCUGCAAGCGCUACUCUCUGUGUGGAUCCACCAGACGCACACUUACACGCUCACACGGACCUUCAAACACAAUUAUUGUUAAUUACUGAACCCUUUUCGCUCUUUUGAGAGUCAGUUUUUGCACCAUGGGCGACAAAAAGAGCCCGACCAGGCCAAAAAGACAAGCCAAACCGACAGCGGACGACGGAUUUUGGGACUGUAGCGUGUGCACUUUCAGAAACAGUGCCGAAGCCUUCAAAUGCAGCAUCUGUGAUGUACGGAAGGGCACGUCUACCAGGAAACCCAGGAUAAACUCCCAGCUGGUGGCACAGCAGGUGGCCCAGCAGUACGCCAUUCCUCCUCCCCCAAAGAAAGAGAAGAAGGAAAAGCCUGAGAGGCCUGAGAAAGAUCGAGCCGAGGGGGAGCGUCCCGACAGAAAUACCCAUGACACCGAACACACGGACAAGGACAAGAGCGAGAAGGAGCAGCCUGACAAAGAGAAGAAGGACAGAGAGAAGGAAAUCACCCCAGCCAUCAUAAAGAAACCCAACAGCAAAAAGAGCAAACCCAAGUCAGACAACCAUCAAAGCCCACGCAGUGAACGAAACAGCAUUCAAUCUGGCAAAUCCACAACCAAGACCAAGAACCCCUACAUCUCCAGGCCCAAGCUGAAGAACAUUGACAGGAGCACAGCCCAGCAGCUGGCCAUCACAGUGGGGAACGUCACAGUGAUCAUAACAGACUUUAAGGAGAAGACCCGCACCUCCUCCACCUCGUCCUCCACAGUGACCUCGAGCACCGGCUCUGAAAAGCAGCACCAGAGCUCCGGCUCCGAGAGCAUGGACAAGGGCUCAUCCCGUGCGUCGACACCAAAGGGAGACCUCUCGGUCGGGCACGAUGAGUCAUUCUGAGCACCACAGACGCUGUCGAGACAGCAGGGAUGUACUUUGCCUCCAUUUCCCCUCACCUUGCCCUGAGCCAACUCAUAUUCAUUUCUGUCACUGAAAGAGGAACAUACGCCACAAGAGGAACACUUACCCACACACACUCAACAUACCUACACAUACAUUUGUGUGAAUGGUGCAACCAUGGUGGACCGUGGAUUUGGGCCGUUGGGCAAACUGUCCCUCCUUUCCCUUCCUGGAGACAUCCCACUCUUGUAUGUAUUGUUUUAUAUUUGUAUGUGGAUGUGCAGCUGAAUCAACAUUUUUGUUUUGUUAAAAAAAAAAAAUCUAUAUGUAAAUGUCCGCUGUGCACAGUAACCACCAACAUGUUAACUAUUCUGGACCAUUACUGCUCUUAUUUAUUAUGUUGCAUCUUUCUACUUUUAGAGAUUGUUUUGUUUUUUGGUGAAAGGUUUUUUUAGCUAAAGUAGCUCAAGCCGAUGGCUCCCCUUUAGUGUUGAAACGAUUCUUCCGGAAAUUCCUGAGAAACUUCUCACAAUGGUGCUAGCUACACUGUGAAAUGGUUUCAGUCCUCAGACUGACGUUCACACCAUAGAAACAGAUCCUUCUGCUCCUGAAAACAAUGGAAAUAUUUGUGUCCUGGUGUCAGGCUGCAUUCUUCUGUUGCUUUGUUUUGGGAUUUUUUUCCAUUUUGCGAGACUGAUCUGAACAUUUGUGCACUGGGGGGGUCCCCGAGAUCUGGUUUCGUCAACAUACUAAACGGAUGAUGUUUUACACCUGUUGCGUUGUGGAGAAGACAGCUGGGAUUCACAAACUGCAAGAAGACAUUGCGAGCAUGAUGUGUGAGCUUUGGAUUUGAUCAUUCGCAGAUGAACUGAGCUUUCUUAACGCUCACUUGGCUUAACAUCUGGUUUUGCAAUUGUAUUCAGAACAUUUUGUUUGACAGCAUUUGUUGUCCUUCAUGGUCUACAUAUGAUGUAUUGUAAAAACACUAAAAGGGUUUGACGUCUCAAAGGUCCGUAGGCCUUUAAAGUUGAAGAACUACUUUUGCGUUUUCUAGCUAUUUUUGAUCGAAAGAAACGGAUUGUAAUCUUAGGGCUUUACUCGGCCUUGUUUUAAUCUGAAGACAGACUUGUGACAUUUUCCCAUUAUUUUCAGAAACCUAGAUGAUGGUGAGCAGUGCAGUAUUUACUAAAACAGUCCCAGCGCUAGAAAUAAGAGACAUUGUGCUGAACAUGAACUGUCUCUGAAUGCAUGGGAACUGUCACAAGCAUUCAGCACUAACAUUUUUCAAUUUGUUUACUUAAGAGUCACGAAAAAUUGACGUGAGCAUGAUUUCACACAAUAUUCCCGCUCCCCAUUAACUCGAGAUGUCUAGCUGGCGCUCCCACAAUUCUCAAAGACAGCAUAUCUUCCCUUUGAACUGUAUUAAACCUGUACAAAGUAUGUGUAUAUGAUAUGAGUUUUAUUUAUUGAAGGACCAAAGGAAUUUGAUAUUGAUGACAUGCUAGGCAAAUUAAUAAUUCAAAAUGUAAUUACAAUAUGUGUGAUAUAACAUUUUAAUAAAGUCUAAUAUAAUCCAUUUCAAAUGUGUAAUUCUUGUCCUCUUGAUAUAUGCAGAAUAUUUGUGUACUUGUAAAUUCAUAGACAUUCAAUCUGUAAAGACAACACUGACUUUUGUCACUGUACUGCGUGUUAAUUCUGGAAUGGCAUAGAAUUAUUACAGUAAACUCCCAUCAAGCUGUUUUUUUCCCUCUGCAAAUACUUUGUAUGUUUUGAAAUGAAGAGAUAAAUGGACAUUUUGAUCCACUGGCAACUUUGAUGCUUUGAAUAGGUUACUGCUUUUGUUACCAACUCCUUCCAUUAGGAGGAGUAGACCGAUUAAAGCAUCGUGUAUAAAUGAAGACUUCACUGGGUUGUUUUGCAAGGGUAACCGUGUGUCUUGAUUAUAUAUAUUUGUGAUGUUAACCAACCAAAUCGGUAUUGAUUGUUGGAUACAAAGCAUUUCAGUUGUAUUGAUAUUGAUUUUGUUUUCUGACCCAGUGCAAUUCAAGAUAGACAAUUCUAUUCUUCAAAUCUUCUCUUUUUUUUUUGCAAGUAUGCAAAGUAAUAACCGGAAUAGGGGUUGUUUGCAAAUCACUUAUCAGUGGGUUGUUAAUUAUUCUGCAUUAUUCAGAUUAUUGAGAUUUUACUACAUUUAAACCCCAAAAGUAAUCGAAUUUGCAAUGUAUAGCUUAACACAAAAUUUCGUAAAAUGUAUGAAUAUAGCCAUUUUUUCACUUGCCUUAUCCGCUGUCAAAAAAAGUUACCUGAAUUUUGUAAAACUGUAAAGAAAAAGCAAACAAUGAAUUGUAUCUAUAAUUUAUUUAAAUUUGAGGAGAAAAACAAUUGCUGAAUUUAAACUGUGCUUAUGUAUAACUCAAAAUGAUGCAGCCAACGUAAUAGGCUAUGAAUGGCAAUGGAGUCUUUCCUUCUUUUUACGCGCAAGCAGUUCUGUACUUGUGUACGACCAGUAACCUUAAUUUACUGUGUAAAGAUGGUUACAUUUUUUUUUUAGCUUUGUUUGUCAGAAACCCAAAUAUAGAAUGCUUGUUUACAUAUGCUAUAGCGUUAACCUUGUGAAAUUACAGUGUACCUGUAUAGUCCUGGCUCCCUUAAUUUUGCCAGUGUCUUGUAAAAAAAUGCUUUUACAGUUUCCUUUUGCAUAAUAAGUUUUAAUUUUGUUAGAAGGAAUCUUUUUUUUUUUCCUGAUUCGAUUUCUUGCUAAUUGCUGUUGUUGGUAAAUUUUGUGUGGAGCUCAUUCAUUUCACUUGUAAAUGUACAUUUUACUUGCCUUUCUUCAUUUUUUAAUUGAUCACUGCUCCUUGUCUAUAACUAAUACAAUGCUAACAUUCAACCGACUUCUGGCAUGUGCACGACUUUGCUUUUAGAUGCUUCAUCAUUUCCCUUGCUUCCAGUAGAAAUGUCUAUUGAUGCAUUUUGCUUGUGUUUUUUUCCACAAAUAAAAUGUU